UUUUUUUUUUUUUUUUUUAGUUUAUUUCCAAGGAGAGGAAGUUGUGGUUAGAGAUUCUUAAUAGAUAUUUCCAAAAUAUAUAUUCAACACACAACAAGAACCUCUCAAGUAAAGCUUCUCAAUAUAAGUAGCAAUCUAAAUAGCCACGUCUACUCUCUACCCCAACCAGAUCUUUUAAGUGGUAACUAAUUUCCCACAUAUGUGUGGUUCUUGUUAUAUAUAUAAUUAUAUAUACUCUUAAUACAAUCAUCUAAUAACAAAUUAAGAAACUAAACCAUAAUGGGACUUAGAACUUUGCCUUUAUCAUCUUCUCAAAAUGGGCUCUUUCAACAGUCAUUAGCUCCUCAAACCAUGAUUAGCCUUAAUUAUAGAGAAACUUAUAGAUUUAGAGUAGUCUCGGCGAGAAAGGAAGACGAGGAGCCAAAGAAGAAGAAGCAAUCGUUGUUUACAAGUGUGACUGAUGCUUUGGAUUUUGCUCAAGUUAGAUCAGCUGAGGAUGCUCAGCUUCUUGAAGAUGCUAGACAAGUCACUCAGUCUGGCAGCCGGAUGAGCCGCGAACAGUAUGGAGCUCUUCGAAGGAAAAUUGGGGGAACAUACAAGGAUUUCUUCAAGUCAUACGUUGAAGUGGAUGGGCAGUAUGUGGAAGAAGGAUGGGUUGACAAAACCUGUAAAGUAUGCAAGAAAGAUACAGCAGGUGAAGCAAGACAAAAAGACAAGCUUGGUAGAUAUGUUCAUGUUGCAUGUUUAGAGAAAAAGAGUUCGGGCAAUUUUUUCACUAAUCUCUUCUUUAGAUGAUCAAAGGAGCUUCUAAUAUUCAGCUCCAUACAAUUUUCAAUUUUGUUUUAGAUUAUACCAUAGCAAUGUAUAUUUUUUAUGUAAUUUCGUACCCAUUAAUGUGGCUAUCAAUUUUGACUGAUAAAUUGGUUAUGAAGGAUAGAUUCAAGUGUUAAUCGAAAUUAAUUAGUUGAUCGUUAAUCUACACCAUAGAUAUAUCAAAGAAUGUCCUCUCACACAAGUGCCGUGGAUAUAUAGGUUAGACUUUUUUCUUGUAUGGAUGAAUGAUUUGGAUUUUGUAUUAUACUCGCUCUGUUUCCAUUUGAUA